AUGUCUACAAUCGGCACCAACAGUUCUUCCCCUCGUCGCCUAACCUUCUUCACUCCUCCCCAAUCCCCUAAAACCUCACAACCAAGCACUCGACGAGCCUCCAGAGUCAUCACCUCCAGUCCACGAAAAAGAGUUUCCUUCCCCGUCUUUCCCGGAGAAAUCGAAUUACCAAGACGUCAGACCUCAUGGCGACAGAAGCUAGCCAACGUACCAACGUUAUGGUCUGAAUUUAGUACCGCGUUUCGCCAUCGCAUUUCCAUGAGAAGACUCAUCAAGGUGAUCAUUCUUAUCUACGCAACUGUCCUUAUCUUCCGCGUCAUUGAUAUUCGUAUCUCCCUGGGGGAAAAUCCUAUGUACGAAAGAGAAGAAGAAUAUAUACACGGGGGAAAGGGAGACUCUCUGCGUAAAAAGGAACAAUCUAUGUACGAAAGAGAAGAAGAAAAUGUUCACGAGAGGAAGCAAGACUUUCAACGCGAAAAGAAACAACCUACACACAAACAUGAUAAUCGCGAUGCCUUUCACAUUUCACACCAAUUCGAGCCCUACGAGCUAGUCAGUCCAUUAUAUGAUCUCGCAAAUUUAGAUAUCAGUCCUCAGCUUGAUGUCUUAAAAGAUGCAUAUUCCGAUUCGCGAUAUGGACUUAACAGACUGAGGGAUGGUCUGCCAGAACUGUCGAAAGAUUCUCCAGGGCUAAGUACCAAAAUUCGAAGUUUUCGAGAACAGGUCUGGUCAGUCUCGGAAGCUAUUGGAGGGUUUUCAAAAUUCAUCGAUGUUUAUAUAGGCACUUUUCAGCGAGAAACAGAUCAUCUAAGGGAAGAACUCGCCAAAGUGAAACCUGGAGAUGAAAUUGCCAAUCUAAAUCUAGAAGAUUGUAGAAAAGUGGGAGUAGUUUGGAUUACUCUUCAUAAACGAUUAAAGCUAAAGAUAAGAAAUAUAUGGAGAAUGAAGGAUGUAUUUUCAAACAUUAUUGACUCAGUCAUUAGAGAUAGGAAAAAUCUUGAAAAAGCACUCAAGGAAGCCGAGUGCGGUAUGACCAAAGAAGCAAAAAAGCAGGGAUGGGAUAAUUUUGAUUUUCCCUCGGCAUAUCAGCUCCUUGAAAGAUUUAGUCGAGGCAGAACUAAAGACAAAAAUUGGGGGGGCUAUGAGGAAACGAUCAAAGAGUUGAUUAUAUAUAUUGAUGUAUCCCUCAAGGAUGCUAAUGCACAAAUCGAAAAUUUGAUGGCAGAUUUCCAGCGGGUUUUAAGUGCUGGUGAGAAUAAGGCAGAUGUGGAUUCGAUCGAUUUUCCAACAAUUUUCAAUCAAAUGGAGGCGCUGAACAUUACCUUUGAGAAAUAUGAGCGGGUCAAAGUCCUGAUUGAACGCAUGAAAGAGAAGUCGAUGAAGGAACUGAGAGCAAGAGCUCAUGAUUCAAAAGAGAGGAAUAGAUAUUACAACUAUGUUGCUAGCCAACAGAAAGGGCGUCUUGAUAAGCACAUCAUCGCCCCGAGGGAUAGGAAAAAGGAAGAAUUCUUGCAGAAUUUGAAAGAAAGAAGAGUCAAGCAGAGUCAGAAAGGGGGAUGA